UCGACAUCCAAACUUCUCUUCAUCUGAGCGUGACAUCUGUGAAAACUUUGAUUUUUCAACCAUCAUGUCUCAACAAGCCAGAGAAUCAAACACCUACAGGGGGCGCUAUAAUAGCCCGGUGCCGACCUCCAACCUGACAAACGACGAGGAGGAUUGCCCAGAGUUUGAAUCUUUUGAAGAGGUGAGCGAGGAGGAGAGAGAUAAGGAUGGGCUCAAACCCAGAGGAUACGCCCCUGUUGGCGCUCCUAUCUCGGUGGUCCAGGUGGACAUGUGUCAGCAGAUCAACAAACCCAACCAUUACACCGUCCCCUAUGACAUCACGAACCUGGUGGUCCGCCGUGGUCAGGAGUUCGUCAUGAGGGUCACCUUCAGCCGCCCACUCACCCAAGGAGAUGACUUCCAGGUGGAGUUCCUCAUCGGUGCCAACCCUUCUCCCUCUAAAGGGACCCUGGUGAUAGUGUGUUUCGGCUCUCGUCGAGGAGGCUUGUGGACCGGUCGGAUCCUGGAGAUGCAGGGACAGUCGGUGUUGUUAGGAAUUACGCCAACUCCCGACGCCAUCGUGGGGAAGUUUCGUACCUAUGUGGCUGUUGUUACGGGCAAUGGCCUUCAGCGAACCAGGAGGGACGCCAGGACAGACAUGUACCUGCUUUUCAACGCCUGGUGCCCUGGAGAUGCUUGUUUCCUCCCUGAUGAAGCUGAGCGGAGAGAGUACGUCCUCAAUGACACCGGCCUGAUCUUCCAGGGUGCUGUUGGAGCAGUGUCAACACGCAACUGGAUGUAUGGACAGUUUGAGCGUGGCAUUCUGGAUGCCUGUAUUUACAUCCUGGAUGCAUCUCGGAUGCCGAUCUACAACCGAGGAAACGUCAUCCAGCUGGUCAGGAUGGGGUCAGCCAUGCUGAACUCUCAGGAUGAUAACGGCGUGCUUGUCGGGAACUGGAGUGAUGAUUACUCCAUGGGCCGGCCUCCAACAGCUUGGACUGGCAGCGUUCAGAUUCUGCUGCAGUACGUCAACACCGGGGUCCCUGUCUGCUUCGCCCAGUGCUGGGUGUUUGCUGGGGUCUUUAACACAUUGCUGCGUUGCCUUGGCAUCCCAGCAAGAGUCAUCACCAACUUCAGCUCAGCCCAUGACAACACGGGCAACCUGAAGACCGACCUGAUCUUCAAUCCGGACAACACACCUAACCGACGCGCUACGAGGGACUCCAUCUGGAACUACCACUGCUGGAACGAGGUGUUCAUCCACCGUUACGACCUCCCGCCUGGCCUCAGUGGCUGGCAGGUUGUGGAUGCCACACCACAGGAGACCAGCGAUGGACAUUACCGCUGUGGUCCAUCCUCUGUCGCUGCCAUCAAGGAAGGCGUGCUGGGUCAUCCGUUUGACAGUGGAUUCGUCUUUGCUGAGGUGAACAGUGACGUGGUCUGCUAUAAACGGGAUCGUUACGGUGCCGAGACGGUGACAAGGGUUCUGAAGACUCACGUUGGACAAAUGAUCUUGACUAAAGCUGUGGGUGGCUGGUCAGCCGUGGACGUCACACACACCUACAAAUACCCUGAAGGUAGUUUAGAGGACAGCAGGACAAUGGAAAGAGCUGAGCAAUACGGCCUUGCAAUGGAUCAUUCUGAGCUGGCUGAGCCUCAGAUUACCAUGUCCAUCAGCUGUGAGCCGGUCAAACUGUCUGAGGACGUGGACCUUGCCGUGGAUUUCCGCAACGAGGGUGACUUCCCCCAAACGGUGAAAGCUCACCUGGCUGCAUCUGUGACUUUCUACACUGGAGUCACCGCCAGUCACUUCAAAGACCACAAAUUCACUGUGACUGUGCCUGCCCACCAGACGGAGCGUGUGAACCUGAAGGUAACCGCUCAGGAGUACCUCCCUCACCUGGGCAAUCAGAGCUGUCUGCAGUUUAUUGUGACUGGACAGGCUGAUGACCAAUCACUGACCGCCAUCAAAGUGGUCGAGCUGCAGGCCACCAACCUCACCGUGAUGGUGAGCGGACACCUUGAGGUGCAGCAGGAGAUGUUCGUGACUGUCUCCUUCACCAACCCCUACAGCUUUGCUCUGCUGAAUGCCAGCCUGUCCAUGGAGGGACCCGGACUCAUGAGCUACAGGACUCGCCACUAUGACACCAUUGAGCCUCAAGCUUCAAUCACCUGGAAGGAGUCCUUCAUCCCCCGGCUGGAUGGACCCCGCCGUCUUGUGGUUGUGAUGGUUUGCGACAACCUCCACCAGGUUUGGGGAGAGGCUGAUGUUGAAAUAGCUCCCAUGAAGGUGACUGGUCCACAGGGGUGA